AUGCCCUGCAAGGGGUCUCAGGUCAACGGCUGUUCGCGAGACAAGGGUCGCUUGCGUUCCAGCUCGGGGAGCGGUUCGAGGAGCGACGCUCGAUUCGGGGUGUCUCACAACACUAAGCCUGCGCACCAAGAGGGCUCGGGCUCAGGCGCCAAGGCAAGACUGCAGGAUGCAGGUCGAAAAAACAGCAGCAAGCGGCCGGAGCGCAGGUGGGCUAAGGAGCGUCAGGGGCAAAUAUGCCGUGGAAACAAGCAGUGA